AUUCAUCGCAAGUGUACUACCGAUGAAGUAAAUAAAGGUAAACAAAGCUACUAGGACAAGAUUGUUGUUUUAUCAGUUUGGGAAAUGUGGUAUGCCGUUAUCACCCGAUUCCUCCGACGAAGAGUAGUUUUGGCGAUUAUUUUCUGUCUAUCCCUGACGUACUGUAUGGUACGAUUAAUUGGAAACAACGUCUCACUAAAUCUGGACGGCGACCUAUUUCAAAGUGGUUUGACUAGGGAAAAACCAAUCGAAUGGACAAAUUCGGUUGCGCAAGAUCGCAAUCGUUCGAACGAUCUUUCGAUAACAUGUAGAAAUUCUGUUCAAGGAAAGGCACUUAUUGUGGACGAUCGCGGGUUCGUCUGCACGAGGUCCGAACUGCUGUGGACAGGAUGCUGUAAUCUAGAAGUGGAAAGCACUAAGCUUUUCCACUGUGAUACAUGCCAAGAUAGCAACUGUUGUGAGAUUUACGAACAUUGUGUGUCUUGUUGUAUGCAUCCGGAGAAGAAAAUUCUAUUGGAAAAGGUUCUUGCCAAAGCCAGUGGUCGACAAAUUGCCGUUUACGCAACGGUGAACGAUCAGUAUGAACUAUGCCUAACCAAAUGUCGGACAAAUUCACAUUCUGUUCAAAACGAGAACAAAUAUCGUGAUCCUAAAUUGAAAUAUUGUUUCGGCGAAACUGAAGAAAAGCUUGCCGUACAGAACAAUAAAGACGUUGCGAAUAGUGCGGUAGAUAGAAGUGAUAACAGUAAUGUGUUAGUUAAUGUUGAUUAGCGACUCAAAAGUUUAGCGUGUAUUUGUUCGUUGUGAUAAGAAAAUCUAUGGAUAUAUAAA